AUUGAAUCGAUGACGUCACAAAAGCCGAGAGAGAUAUGGUGGAGUAGAGAACGGUGGGGUGUACGACGGUCGCUAUGAAAAAUGUCCGAUUACUUAAAUUUAUCAUCGAGUUGAACGCUGGUAAACAUAGCGCACUGAUAUCAUCCCAAUACUAGGAUCAUUUAAACCGGUGUUUGAAGAAAUCUGGACGUUAGUGUGCUUGUUGUUUUAACACGUGGACAGAAAAGGAUAGGUUGAAAAAGAAAAUACAUUUAUAUGUAUAUGUAAUAUCUAUAUGUAUAUAUAUAUGUGUAUAUAAAAAGAGGAGGAGGAACAAAAAUCAGACGACAAGGGAGAUAGAAAGAGAAAGAGUAACAAAAAAAAAGAAAGAAAGAAAGAAAGAUAGAUAGAAGUGGUCAGCAGCAGUGUGUUCGGUUUGAAGAAGAAACAACUUGCCGAAUUUCAAUCGGCAUGAUCCCCUUUUAUAAAAAGAGAAAAUAAACACAAAGGGAGAAAGAGUGAGAAAGAAAGGAGAUAGAAGAAGAUAAUACAUUCGUAAUAGAGGGACGAAGGAAGAGUUGAAUUGAAGGGAACGAAGAAGAAUAAGAAGAAUAAGAAUAAGAGGAGGAGGAUAAAACAGAAAGUGCAGCGUGACCCGUGCAAGAACCAGCUUUGGGAGACUUUGAUCACGGAUGUGAUUGUCUGAUGCGAGAUAAGCUCGCAAUCAAAAUUCAUCAUCAACCAAUAAGGAUAAAAACCAAGGAUGGAGAGUAUUAGGGAGGAAUGAUAGAAUGCAAGAGGGUAGCACCGCCGUGGCGCUAGCGAUGGUGACUCCUGGUUAUGAUCAGGACCCUGCGAGUGGGGUUGCCGAUUAUACGACCCAUCAGGACCAGGCCCAAUUCGAAGCUGAUAAAAGGGCCGUAUAUAAGCAUCCCCUAUUCCCCCUUCUCGCGUUACUCUUUGAAAGAUGCGAACAAGCGACUCAGAGUUCGGACAACUCGACGUCCGAGAGCUUCAACAUGGACAUACAAGCUUUUGUGCAGCAUCAAGAAAGAGACCGAAAACCUUUUUUAAUCAAUGACCCGGAAAUUGAUGGUUUGAUGAUCAAGGCGAUACAAGUGCUGCGAAUUCAUCUCCUGGAAUUGGAAAAGGUACAGGAGUUGUGCAAAGACUUCUGCAACAGAUAUAUAACGUGCCUAAAAGGCAAGAUGCAAAGCGAAAAUUUGUUACGCAGCGACUACAGUCACCAUGGACACGACAUGGGUCCGUCCAGUGGCAGCAAUGGCAGCAGUCCAUUGCAGGUGCUGUCAUCUACAGGCAAUGAUGUUGAGUCGGGAACUAACGGAUUCAGAGUAAGCAGAGGGGAUCUGCUACUGGAAAACGUUGGUGCAAAUCAAGUAGCCGUACAAGAGGACAUUGGAAAUGAUAGACCUUCCUCGGUUCAAUCGACGUCUACCAACCAAUGUUCUGUCAGAUCUAACAGUCAAGAUCAUGAUGAGCCGGUAUCACCUUCUACGGUACAUGGAAGUACACCGCUUUCUCAGAUCGGUGCUCAUCCUUGCACUCCUGCCAACGAUAUGUAUCUUGGUCAAGAUGAUAUCGACUAUGUAAAUACUGCUGACAGAAUAUAUUUAGAAGAAGUUGGAUACUGGGGUCUUCUAGCACUACAAGAACGGGAAACCGAAUAUGUGGAUGUUGGAGAUGCUAAUGAUGAAAAGUAUUUUGGAUCACCACCUUCCCCAGCUCCAAGCGAAGAUGAAGAAGAAUGCGGCACCGGUACUGUUACCUCAAAUCAUGGUAGUAUUCAUGGUAGUAAUCAUGGAAAUGUUAAAAAGGGAAGACAGAAGCGUGGUGUUCUACCUAAACAAGCGACCAGUAUCAUGCGAACAUGGCUCUUUGCACAUAUAGUUCAUCCUUAUCCUACGGAAGACGAGAAACGACAAAUAGCGAGUCAGACAAAUCUAACAUUGCUACAAGUUAAUAACUGGUUUAUAAAUGCGCGCAGACGAAUUUUACAACCAAUGCUUGAUGGUGCUGGUGCUGAAGCUGUAUCUCGUGUAGGAAAACGUCAUAAGGUAUCCAAACAUGCGGUACAGCAACAACAAAUCCAACAGCAGCAAGCUGGCGGUGGAGGUGGCGGUGGUGGUGGUGGAGGUGGUGGUUGGCAGUCUGAAGAAUCAGGAAGUGAUUCGGGUUCUAGCGAUGGUGAAGGAGGUGCCGAUAGAUCAAAAGACGGUAACGAUAGCGAUGAAGAUGAUCUUCACUGACCUCUGUCGAUCACUAAUGAUACGUCAACAAUAACCUCUUUAAGGUACCUUCAAAUCCAGUUGCUUAUUACAGUAUUAAGGUAUUCGAGGAUAGAUUUCGCUUUAACUGUUAAAUACGUAAUCAUUCUCGCGGCAACCAAGGGUACAUGAGUAGGGGUUAUCACGCUCUCUCUCUCUCUCUCUCCUCUUCUUAUCGUCUCCUACCUAUGCGUCUAUUCUGGGCUCUGGCUUUGUAUCUUCCUUUUUAUUACUAUAUUAUUAGAAGAAAAAAAUGGAAAAAAUUUAUUCUAUUAAUCUCUGAAAAUAUUAAUUAAAUCCUCCACUCAUUACCCAAAUGAUUGAACGUUUCUAUGAUUAAAGAAAUAGGAACAAACGAAUAUUUGAUAUUCCCCUUAAGUACCAGAAUGAAAAAUCGUGGUCUUCGAUGUGUAACUUAAUUGAAGUAUACUGCGAUUUUUUUUCUUUAUAGAGAAAAAGAAAGAUAUGAAAUUUUUAUUGACUCUUAUUGACUUUAAUGUCUCUUCUCAGUUUUUUUUUGUGGUAAAUUUAGUAAUAAGAGUUAAAUUAUUCUUAGUAUUUGUUUUUUUUGUCUUUUUUGUUAUUACUUAUAGAGUCGUUUUGAUUUAUGAAAUCAAUUCUAUUUGCAAUAUAAAAUAUAAGUAGUACUUCCAAAAAAUGGUUAAUAUAUUUUUUGUUGUUUUACAAUUUAUAAUGAAAAUUUUCUUUAGUCUGCAAUCGAUAAAAUGUUGUUUCGAAAUAUGUGCACACUGUUUAUUUUACACACAUAAAGAAAGAAAGAAAAGAAAAAUAUUAAAAGACAAUGCAGACAAUAGAUAAAAUGCUACGUAUAAAAUAUAUAAAGACAUAUUAAAAUCUGUAUAUAUUCAUAAAAUUUUGUUAUUUAUUGUAAUUUCAAUUAAAAAUCAUCUAAUAAUUUCACUAAGAACAACAGCAACCACACACAACAUCUUCAGAUUUGCGAAAUAUGCCAUAAUAUACUAGCGUUUUUAUAUUUUUAUACUAAAGAAAAUUGCUUUCCCAAAAGAAACAAAAAAAAAUAAACACAAAAGGUAUAUAUUCUUUGUAAAGUUACGAGUAACUUAAAUUAUAUCAUGUUUUUCUAAUCUACGUAUGAUAAAAAUAAGAGAGAAUAAUUAAAAAAAAAAAAAAGAAGGAAAGAAAGAAAGAAAGAAUAAGAAGAAGAUUAAAGGGCAGUGUCUGAACGAGUAAACAAUAUUUAAUUUUCCUUUUUUUUUUUUACCGCCUGUAUUUUAAUAUCGUUUUUUCUCUCAGCUUCGCGAAAGAAAAAAGGGCUAAAAAUUAAAUUAGAUAAAGGUGUUGAAUUUUGAUUUUGAAUUGGAAUAUUAAAUUACUUCCCCGUGUACACGACAUCCGCGCUAGUCUAAUAUUUGCCGCAAACUAACUAAGUUGUUCCGCUCGUGCAGAUAUAAUUAAAAUAGAAAAAAAAAAAAAAAAAAAAAAAAGAAAAAACUGUUGUAAGUUAA